AUGGAUGACACUCAAAAAGAACCGAUGAGUAUACGUAAAAGAAGAAAUUUGUCCAAAAAUAAAGGACAAACUGCGAGGCAAAGGGAAAAAACACCAGAACCAAGUAGAACACCUGUUCCUCAUGAGGAUACAACUACUUCUGAUGACGAGGACCACAGUCCAGUGAAAAACCCGAGGGAAAUUGAAGCAGACAAUACAUAUGAGGAAAUGAAACGCUUAGUUCAGGAAAAAGCCAACCUCAAAGACCCUGUAUAUGACUUAGAUCGAGAUGAAGUUCUUGAAGCUAGAGCAUUGGCAGCAAAUGAGAGACGGCGUAGAAGUAUAUCACCCUUUGCAAUUCCAGACAAAGAGGAAACAACUACUUUAGAGCGUAAGGGAAGUUUCAUAGAUCCAACGAAUAAACUUUUGAGUACGAAUUACACAUUAGGACCUAAAGGUGAAGAUAUAAACAGGCGAGGGUCUUUAACACUUGAAACUUCAACAACAAUAGAAAAAGCGAGCUCGUUAUCACCUCCUACAACGGCAAAUGCAUCUCCAAGGGACAAAAAUUUCCCUUAUUCUUUACCGACUACACCUAAGAAGUUAGAAGAGAUGAUAUAUCCAGACGAAGUUAUUGAAACAAAGCCAAAAGAAAAAAAUAGUCAGUCAAAUUCACCGAUAAGGAAGGAUGUAAGUAAUGUGCCUGAAGAAAUACAAACGCAGACCCAAAUCCCAAAUAAAUCAAAGGUAUCCAAAGGAAGAGAAUCGCCUUCUCCUAGCGGCGAACUUGUCACAAGAGUGAUUCAAGUGGAACGAACUCCCAGUAGAAGAUUAUCUCAAGAUCAGAAGCCCAUAGUAGAAAUAAGGGAAAGAAUAGUUCGAACACCUAGCAGAAAAGCUACAGCUGACACGAAGCCAACACUUGUUAAGCAAAGUCCAAGUAAACUGAUGAAGGAAGAACCAAAAAGUAAAAUUCCACCCGUAAAACCAACAAGAAGUAAAUCAGCUACUCGUUUUGGGAAUAAGACGAGUGAAAGUGAAAUGAGUGAGGAUCAGCAAAGGCAUCAAACAUUUAUAGAAAAUAUUCCAAAAAGGAAGAUAGUGCCAACACCACAAGGGUCCUUUGAAAACGCCUACAAGUGUGGCAGUAGAGGUGUAAAGCGGGAUUUUAUUGAGAGUCUUUGGCGUGGUAGUCACUCCCUAAGAGAAGACGAUUGGAAAUCGAUGGCAAGAAAAAAGCUGUUUGAAUUUGAAAAUCAGCUUCACACCGCACAUGAAGCUGGUGUGACGUCUUAUAGUGGACAGAGGUCUUGGAACUUUAUGAACUCUUUUGUAUAUUGUUUGACUUUGAUUACUACUAUUGGUUACGGCCACAUAGCACCGAAGACGACAUAUGGGCGAGUCGCAACCAUAAUAUAUGCCAUCAUUGGAAUUCCAUUAUUUCUAAUCGUUCUCGCGGACUUCGGUAAAUUAUUUACUAGAAUAAUAAAGUUCUUUUGGGCUUUCAUACGAAGAUUUUAUUACACCCGAAGUUGCCGAAAGGUGCGAAGAACGGUGCCAGUGCAGGAAGUAAUUAAAGGUCUGAAUAUAGUUUACGAUGUGGUUCGACGACCUUCACAAAUUUUUACUGAAGAAGAUAUAGAUCAGACACCGGAGGAUGAAGGGCCUCCGCCAGUUGAAAGGAAGUCAAGCGACGUGCCCCCUCCUUUACCACCAAAGCCUGGGACUUUAAAACCAGACGUAGAGAAUGCAACAGAACCUGACACACCAGCACCAUCAGUUUUCGAAAUAGACGAUGAAUUUAAUUUGCCGAUAUCG